UCACUGUAUAUGUUUGUGGGAUAUCAGACUAUACACAAAGGACAGAUUGGUUAUCAUGCAAAGAGUUAUUAGCAUUUGUAACAAACCCUACUUGGCAUAACUCGAAGGCUGCUAUACAUGUACAAGAAUGGUAUUCAGUAUCAUAGAACCAUCUACUCCCUGAUUGUAAGUCAAUAUCACCCUGAGAAAUUCACUACAGAGAAGAACAUCUAAAAUUAGAUUAUCAUGGACGUAUUGUUGACUCUCGUUGUCCUCACACUGCCGUCAGUAAGCUCAGGUCUACAGACCUGCUCUUCUGGGACCGAGAACAGCUCUUCUGGGACCGAGACCAGCUCUAACCAAGUCAUACUGGAUGUGUCUUCAGCUCAGAUCAACACAGGGGGGAAGGAUGUGUUCCUGUAGGCUGACUGUUUCACAGACAGCACAGGUGGAGAUGUUCCCUAUUGGCUGGUCACAACAGUGUGAUACAUACAUGACUAUACAGAGGUGGAAAACGAGUACACAGUGUACAAAUGGUGUUGUUCAAACUCUAACACUGUCUAAAACUGUCCCCACGGGUGAGGAGAUUUGGAUACUGGUGGUGGCUGCAAGACCUGGAGCCAGACUGUUGGGGCAGCUGCUGCUCAAGCUUAAGUCAUCAUCAGGUGACAUAUUUGCUGCAGGAAUAGCCACUGGUGGCGGAGUGGCCAUUAUAGUUCAAGUCAUCUACUUCUUCAUCAUAAAACCAAGAUGCAGGACAUCCUGCCGUAAGAGUCCUGCUGACUUCCCUGUGUCUGAGGACCAUCCCACGUAUGCUGGCUUCAGCAACAGAGCUGUGGAUACAGGCAACAACUAUGAUGUACUUAGUCCUGCACAGGUCAUCACCAACCCCUACACGAAUGAACAAUAGAUACAAUCUGCAGUGUGUGCUGUUACUAUUAACUCUCACUUCCUGUUCCAAACUACUACUGACAUUCUCCUCAUGUUCAAGUUAAUUCUUAUUAGUGUUUAGCCUGUACACGAGGGUGGUACUUGUGUUGAUAAACAGAUGUGUGAACAGACACAGUACAUAUUAGUUAAAACACAUUGUGUUGUAUAUGCUGCACAAGAACAAAUGUGAUAAAGAUACAUUAAGACACUCAUCCAGAUCAUAAUAUAGUUUUGAGCCUUCACAAAAUGUUUUGCAGAAUCCAUGUUUAAUAUAUAUAUAUAGAAUGGAAAAAGACAUGUGUGCACAUAAACAUACACCUUGUCAUGUCAAUGAAUGUCAAAUGAAAUACCAGUACACUGUCAGGUGGACACACAGCUAAAAGAGUGGUGUCUGUGGUAGACUCGGAUUGAAGUCAGUGCCUGAUAGGGAGUGGAGGGUAUGGGAUUAUCACUAAUAACAUGGUGCCUGUGCCAAGACAGGGAUAAUAAUGAGUGUAGCAUGGUACACACUGCUUCAAUUCAAAGAGUUGAUGUUCAUCCAUAUGCAAGAUUCAGCUUUCAAUAAAUAUUACCAAUAUGCUACAUAUUAUAACCCUAAUAACAGUUGCUGAAUUGUGCAUCCUGGAGCUUACCUACAGACUGAUUGUAUUGUAGAAUCAGAUAAAAACAUCCAAACAAUUGGAACAAAUAUUUAUUCAUAUAAUUUGAAACAAAAAUUGUGAACAAACUUAAGAAAGAUAUUUUUGUGAGAUUUCCUAUGCAUAGUUUCUACAACAUUUCAUUUGUAGUGAUAUUAUAUUCAAAACCUGUUAUGAAAAAUAAAUGAAA